UUUAAAGGCUGUGUACGAAGGUUCAAGUGCUGUCAAGUAAGUAUAGAAGAAGGGAGAGGAAAGCAGUGGUGGAACCUUAGAAAAACCUGCUUCAGGAUUGUAGAACACAACUGGUUUGAGACUUUCAUUGUUUUUAUGAUCCUCCUCAGUAGUGGAGCUCUGGCUUUUGAAGACAUAUAUAUUGAACAGCGCAAAACUAUCAAGACCAUGCUGGAAUAUGCUGACAAGGUCUUCACUUACAUCUUCAUUCUGGAAAUGCUGCUGAAGUGGGUGGCCUAUGGCUAUCAAACAUACUUUACUAAUGCCUGGUGCUGGCUGGACUUCCUGAUUGUUGAUGUCUCUUUGGUUAGCUUAACAGCAAAUGCAUUGGGUUACUCUGAACUUGGUGCCAUUAAGUCCCUUAGGACACUAAGAGCUUUGAGACCUCUAAGAGCCUUGUCACGAUUUGAAGGCAUGAGGGUGGUUGUGAAUGCCCUUUUAGGAGCAAUUCCAUCCAUCAUGAACGUGCUUCUCGUUUGUCUUAUAUUCUGGCUAAUUUUCAGCAUCAUGGGAGUAAAUCUGUUUGCUGGGAAGUUCUACUACUGUGUUAACACCACAACUGAUGAAAGGUUUGAAGUCGACCAAAUCAACAAUUUUAGUCAGUGCGAGGAACUCAUAAAAAACAAUCAAAGUGCCCGAUGGAAAAACGUGAAAGUAAACUUUGAUAAUGUAGGAUUUGGGUAUCUUUCUUUACUUCAAGUAGCUACAUUUAAAGGCUGGAUGGAUAUUAUGUACGCAGCUAUUGACUCGAGAGAUGUAUUACAGCAACCCAAGUAUGAAGACAACCUGUACAUGUAUUUGUAUUUUGUCAUCUUUAUAAUUUUUGGGUCUUUCUUCACCCUGAACCUAUUCAUUGGUGUCAUUAUUGAUAACUUCAAUCAGCAAAAAAAGAAGUUUGGAGGUCAAGACAUAUUUAUGACAGAGGAGCAGAAGAAAUACUACAAUGCAAUGAAAAAGCUGGGAUCCAAGAAACCACAAAAACCUAUACCAAGACCAGGGAACAAAUUCCAAGGCAUGGUGUUUGAUUUUGUGACACAGCAAGUAUUUGACAUCAGCAUCAUGAUUCUUAUUUGUCUUAACAUGGUUACCAUGAUGGUAGAAACUGAUGACCAAAGUAAAGAAAUGGAAAAUAUUUUAUACUGGAUAAACCUGGUGUUCAUUGUCCUUUUCACCGGAGAAUGUGUCUUGAAAUUAAUUUCACUUCGCCAUUACUAUUUCACUAUAGGCUGGAACAUAUUUGAUUUUGUAGUUGUCAUUCUCUCAAUAGUAGGUAUGUUUUUAGCUGAGAUGAUUGAGAAAUAUUUUGUGUCCCCGACACUAUUCAGAGUCAUCCGACUUGCCAGAAUCGGUCGAAUCCUGCGUCUCAUUAAGGGCGCUAAGGGAAUCCGCACUCUGCUCUUUGCUUUGAUGAUGUCUCUACCUGCUUUGUUCAACAUUGGUCUGCUGCUGUUCCUGGUCAUGUUUAUCUAUGCCAUAUUUGGCAUGUCCAACUUUGCCUAUGUUAAGAGGGAAGCUGGUAUAGAUGACAUGUUCAACUUUGAGACGUUUGGCAACAGCAUGAUCUGCCUGUUUCAAAUUACCACAUCUGCUGGCUGGGAUGGUUUGCUAGCCCCAAUUCUUAACAGUGGGGAGCCAGACUGUGACCCUAACAAAGCUCAUCCAGGGAGCUCUGUGAAAGGCGACUGUGGCAACCCUUCCGUUGGGAUUUUCUUCUUUGUCAGCUACAUUAUCAUAUCAUUCCUGGUAGUGGUGAACAUGUACAUUGCUGUGAUUCUGGAGAACUUCGGUGUUGCUACUGAAGAAAGCGCUGAACCCUUGAGCGAGGAUGACUUUGAGAUGUUCUAUGAAGUUUGGGAGAAGUUUGAUCCCGAUGCCACACAAUUCAUGGAAUUUGAGAAAUUAUCUGAUUUUGCAGCAGCACUUGAGCCUCCUCUUCAUCUACCCAAACCAAACAAAGUCCAGCUUAUUGCAAUGGAUCUGCCCAUGGUAAGUGGUGACAGAAUUCACUGCCUUGACAUCUUGUUUGCUUUCACAAAGCGUGUUCUGGGCGAAAGUGGGGAGAUGGAUGCCCUCAGAAUACAGAUGGAAGAUCGGUUUAUGGCAUCCAAUCCUUCAAAAGCUUCCUAUGAACCAAUUACAACCACAUUAAAAAGAAAACAGGAGGAGGUAUCUGCUGUCAUUAUUCAACGGGCUUACAGACGUCACCUUUUAAAACGAACAGUAAAACAAGCUUCCUUCAUCUAUAACAAAAACAAAACUGAAGGAGGGGCUGGUCUAGGUAUAAAAGAUGAAAUCCUUAUUGACAAGUUAAAUGAAAACUCAUUUACAGAGAAAACAGAUAUAACUGCAUCAACAGCAGUUUGUCCACCUUCUUAUGAUCGUGUAACAAGGGCAGUCAAAGAAAAGCAUGAGAAGGAAGAUAAAGAUGUUCAGAAAUAAAAGCAAAUAGCAAGCAAAUUCAUCUAUGUGCAAAAUAGUUCAUAGCCUAUAAGGAUCAUGUAUUUGUGUCAACAGGACUCCUGCUGGAGAUCUAUGCCAAACUGACAAUUUUUACAAAUAUACUGUACAUUAAAGGUCAGUGCCUACUAAAAGACAGUGACCCCUUGUCAGUGACUGUGACUGUGAUACAGGGAAACAACCUUGACAGGAGGUUACUGUUCUCACUACCAGCUGACACUGCUGAAGAGGAGAGAAAAAAUGGCUACUCAGACUGUAGGGACCAGUUCAAGGGGUGCAAACCAAGUAUUUGUGUGUUUAGCAUAACACAAUAUGGUAACAGUAUUCACUGUUUGCAUUUCAACUGCCACAUAUGUCAUAUUUUUACAAAAUCUGUGUUGGUGGAUUCAUCUUAUUUUUAUUCAUAUCUUGUUUAUUAUAUGUGACUAUUUUUGUAAAUGGGGCUUCUGUUGGGGAAGGGGAUGAAGUACACCUUUACAGGUUCAAGGGCCAGGUCUUCUAUUAUAUGACUAAUAUACACACAGAAAUGAUUUGCAUGAAGGCAUGCUGCACUUAUAGAUCAUGCAUGAAAAUAACAUUAAGUCACAAAGAACAACAGAUUUUUUUAGCGCAGUGUUUCUGGAAAGGAAUAACAGAUUUUGAGGUGCUUAAUUAAUGUAUUCAUGUUGCAUCAUGUCCAAAUAAGUCUUGGUGUGCCUGUAAAGUCCCCUGUAACUCACAGGA